CCAAAGAUGUCAUUGGAAGAAGAAAUGACAAGAUUUCAGCGUGAAGAACUUUUCAAACAUAACGCAUUACGAAAUUGUAAACAGAAACUGGCUGUCACAGUUAAGACAACGAGCGUCCCCAAUCAAGUUUUUGGCGACGAAUAUAUACCGAUUGAACAUGUAUUAGGUUCUAAUAAGAAAAAAAAUCGGCUUCUCAAUCCUUAUGUUUUACGUUUGCGAAGAAAAUUACCUUUUCAAAGUUACAAGCUACAUAGAAUUGAAACGGUGACUGGAAUCAUAUGGGGGGCCUUUGACACAAAACGAUCGACUUUCAAUGAAAGUUUUAAAAAACAUAAUGUACCAAGAAGGAAAGGUAAUGUUCAGGACUGGUCCACUAAGAUUGAUACUAUUUCUGCAUUUGACUACGGCAAUGGCAUAGAUAUAAUAAAUCCUAAACUACUCGAAUUUUCAUCAAAAACGAAGCCCAUCAAUCUGGAUGAUUACGAUGAACGGAACCAUAUCGAAGGAGGUGGAAAAGACUAUUAUGAAGCUCGUUUACACAAUUACAAUGAAAAUUUCUCGGAAUUGAAAAGUAGACAUGUUCUUUCAAACAGAUCUUUAGAGCGAAUAAACCAUAAAAGAUUUAAUAAAAAAUUAAACAAGAAAGAAAUAACAGAAAGAAAUUAUGCCUUUGAUAAAAAUAACAAAAACGACAUGGUUGUAUUAGACGUUAGACGUCAGUCUACUAAUCCAAGCUAUAAUAUUAAUUUCGAUUGGUCAAACAACUCGGACAACAACAAGGACAUCGAAACCGAAAAAUAUUUCAAAACACAAAUAUUAGAUAACAGUAUUUUAGGACAAGGUAAUAUUACAAACGAAGAGUACGAGUUAGCCCUUUAUAAAAUUAGUGAUCCCGAUUUGUGGUGUUCUGCUCAAGUGCAACUUUAUGAAAAAAUAACAUCUCCCGAAGGAAAAAUAUUGUGGAAUGACCUAACGAAGCACAGCAUAGCAAGCGUAAGUACAACAUAUCCUAAUUGGUCCAAUCAAGAUGUUAACAUACAAUAUAAAUCAAUUGAGGUGAUGACUAGAGAUGAUUUUUAUCUUGCUUCCGAAAGUUUAUGUUUGAUCGUACCUAUGAAAUCAGGUAAGCUUGGUGAUUUUAUAAUUGUGCCAUCGGACGAUAUCAUAGCACUAAAUGGUCAAAAAGAUGUCAAUAAGCGAAAUGAUAAUACUUUUGGCGUUGGUGAGACUCCAGCUAUAGAAGGCAGUGGACAGGUCCGCCGUAGAGUAGCAGUUAGAACAUCAAGGGCGCUGAUAGGCGGAAAUUUUAAAAAAUUCAAAAUUAUUACUCGAGGAUCUGAUCGUUUUCUCAAAUUUCCUCACACGAAACCUCAUCAAACGCAAAUUGACGUAGAAGUAAGGGCUGAUGAUAAUGAGCUCGUUUUGGUUGGAGUUGAAAUUCGUGAAUGCACACCCAAGUUAAUAUACGCAAGCACUCAAAUAAGAGAUGGUGAAAGCACAUUAGAAGGGCCGGUGCUUUUUCCUCCAAGGCACACCCAGAGUUUCCGCCUUGAUCUUCCUUUAACAAUUCCUGUCGACAACGCUCAUUGCACCGUGGCUUUGGUAAAUGAAAAUGAAGAAGCAGUGGCAGUUCGGGAUGUUAAAAUCAAAAGAGACGACCGUUGCUUUUGUGUUUGGCAUUGUGACUGCGUCUGCUUGAGUGAAGAUUCCAAUCUUUUGUGCCGGCCCUUAUCGGAAGCCCAACUACUUGCGGCAGGGCUUUCGACGCAGAUGAAAUCGCGCCAUAUUCGUUCAGUCUGCUAUAAGGACGUGAUGACACUAAAUCUAUUUGUGAUGUUUGUAGGCGUGCUUCUAGCAUUGUUACUUCUAGGUUAUGCAUGCAUAUUCUUAUUACUCCCAUUUCGUAUGAUAAAAGCCAGCCUUGGUAUAAUAUUUAGCUGCGUGGGUUCGUUUGGCCUUGACUUGUUGAUACAAACGCCAAGAAAGCUCGACCAGUACUACGAGGAUUAUCUUAAAUGUCGAACUGUGGUAUAUGAUGACGAGGGCUGGCCCAUUCAUCCUGAUACGAAACAGCGAAGUGUUCGACUUAUUAGCAAACCGAUGGAGUUCAUCUUAAAUUUAAUAUUUUUUAUCACAUUACCGUGCCUUUUGAUUUGUGAUGCACUUAAGAAAGUUGUAUCGUUCUAUAAUACUACCGAAAAGAAAUUUGACGAGAAAUACAUACAAAGAGACACCAAGAAAUGUUUUAGUUCCCGUGACGUGCAGGUAAGACAGUUUAAAAGUAAAUACUUCCUUUUAUCGAACAGCAAGGAAUUGCACUCCUACAUAUUUGCAAUUUAUAUAUGGUAAAGGGAAAAGUAAAAUUUGUCGAUUUUAGUUUAAAUCCCAGUGCAAUUCCUGGCUAUUUUUAGAGUCUC